AUAUUGAAAAGGAGACCCGGCAAUCUCGGUUAUUUAUCAUGCUUAUAGAGGUUGUGUUGCAGACAUUCAAGAACAGUCUAAGAACAAUAACAUUUAGCUUUUGUUUUGUUCCAGAUGUUCUUGAUGUGUCUCCUAUUGAUGGAGGAAUACACCUGUACACUAUGUCAACUGCUCAAGAUUUAUCCCAAACCGUUUCAACAUCCGAGCACAUGACUACAGGAUCUUUCGAGAAUGUCACCAAACAAACUAAAAAAGGUAUCUUAUCUGAUGAAAAAAGGGAGCAGAUAAACGCCAAGAGGCGAGCUAAUUAUCGGCGGAAGAAAGAGGAGGAAGCAAAGAAACUUGAGCAUGAAAGUCAAGCUUACCUUUCAACAUCUGAUCAGUCCAUCACUGAACAGACCGCAGUUGUUGUUGUUCCUCAACCCACUGAUGGUGAUGUCACAUGUGUACCGCGGCCUUCCGAACUGAACUCAGCGGGCAACCCGGCAACCUCAUCAACGUUUGUGUCUCUCAGUUGUCUCACUGACGAGUUAGCCGCAGCCGUAGCACAAAGUGUAAACGAGGCUCUAGAUUUGACUCAUAUGUAUGGAGGAAAUCACGUAAACAUCAAUGCAACUCCUCAAGUUUUACCACAAUCCGGUUCAACAUCCAAGCACAUGACUACAGGAUCUGUCGUGCGUGUCUCCAAACCAUCUAAGAAAGUUAUCUUGUCCGAUGAAAAAAAGGGAGCAGAUAAACGCCAAGAGGCGAGCUGCUUAUCGGAUGAAAAAAGAGGAGGAAGCAGAAAAAGUACAGCAUGGAAGUCAACCUGA